UGCACAGCAACACUGCAGUAUUAAAGUCACAAAUUCAAAUAGAGCUAAAUUAUUGUUUUGGUUCCAUUAAACCAUUUUUCAUUUUAUUCACGAUUAAUUUUAUUUAUACAAAAUACGUCGUAAAUUAUGGCGUGAAAUAAUAGCCAUAAGUAAGUGAAAUGUUGAUUAUGUAUUGUUUUCCAUACGUUUAAGGAUACUUAUACGUUAUUGGGACUUGCGAUUUUUAUGAGCAAAAGAAUUUAGAGUAAAUCAAAAAAAUUGUAAUAAAAUAAGCUGAUUUUACUUUUUGAUUGCAAGAUCUAUCACUUACGUUUGCACAACUUAUAGUUGAAAAAGAAAAACGUAACUCACCUGGUAGAAAAAAUAAAUAACCAUGAAAAGACAAAACGUUCGAACUCUUUCGUUGGUUGUUUGCACAUUCACAUAUCUUCUUAUUGGGGCUGCAGUAUUCGAUGCUUUAGAAUCUGAUACUGAAAGCAAAAGAUGGGAAAUACUGUCAGAUAUGAAAAAUGGUUUAGUGCGUAAAUACAAUAUUACACCAGAAGACUAUCACAUGAUAGAAAUAGUUAUUAUUGAGAACAAACCUCACAAGGCUGGACCUCAAUGGAAGUUUGCCGGAGCUUUCUAUUUUGCUACAGUUGUACUAGCUAUGAUUGGAUAUGGACAUUCAACACCUGUUACUGUCGGAGGAAAGGCAUUUUGUAUGGCUUAUGCUAUGGUGGGCAUUCCACUAGGUCUGGUGAUGUUUCAAAGUAUAGGCGAGCGUCUCAACAAAUUUGCGUCAGUGGUAAUUAGACGUGCUAAGUGCUAUUUACGUUGCAAUACAACUGAAGCUACCGAGAUGAAUCUCAUGUUUGCGACUGGUAUGCUGUCAUCUAUCAUUAUAACAACAGGAGCUGCUGUGUUUUCUCGAUACGAAGGUUGGAGUUACUUCGACAGUUUCUACUAUUGCUUUGUCACACUUACAACUAUCGGUUUCGGCGACUACGUUGCCUUGCAGAACGAUCAAGCACUGACAAGCAAACCUGGCUACGUGGCGCUUAGUCUAGUUUUCAUCUUGUUCGGACUGGCGGUAGUCGCAGCCAGUAUCAAUUUAUUGGUGCUACGAUUCAUGACUAUGCAAGCUGAGGAAAAUGCUCGCGACGAAGAUAAGGACAGUUCGAGAAUAGUGCUGCCUAUAGACGCACAUCCACUAGCGGGGCGCCAACGUUCGCAUGAAGACCAAGCUUCUGUGUGCUCGUGCAACUGCCUCGGCAACAAGCAGUGCGAGGGCGGCGCGCUGUUGCCGGCGCCCGCCCGCCGCGCCGCCCGCCCGCCCGACCUCGCCGAGCGCGCCUCCGUCUGA